CAGGGGGCGGGACUUCCGGGAGGGGCGGAAGUGGUGGCAGCGGAGUGGCGGGAAGUUCGGGUGUCACUCGGCGGGCUCACGGGAGGUUCCGGCGGCCCGGCUUUCUCCUCCUCCUCCGUGGCCAUGGUGCAGCUGCGGCUCUGCAGGGCGAGCGAUGGAGACCUGGCCGAGUGGCUGCUGCUGGAGCUGCAGGGCGAGGUGGAGGCCCGGAACGGGGCCGGCCUGGCGGGACGCCUGCUGGGGGACCUCCACUUCACCCGCCAGGGCACCCCAGUGCUGCUGGUGGGCCACCAUAUCCUCUAUGGGAAGGUGGUGCGGCUGGAGAAACCUUUGGCUGUCCUGACCAAGGCAGGCGCUGCAAGUGAGGCUCCCCCUGCCUCCAGCCAUUACUCAGCCGUGGCCCUCAUCAAGAAGAAACUGCUCUUCAAGACCCGCCCAAAGCCCAUCAUCACCAACCUGCCCAAGAAGGCCUGAGGAGGCUGCCCUGCCGUGCUGUCCAAGAGAAUCCCUGCCCUCACAGCCCCCCCCCCCCCAUGAUGGCUCCUCUCACCCAGAGAUUAGGCUCCCCAGGACAGAGCCUCCAGCACCCUGAGGCACUUGGCUUGAAGAGACUGGCGGCCAGAGGACCCGCUCUGGAGCCUUAACACUGCAGAUUGUUUGCCUGCGUUUGACUGCCUCUUUGGCAAAGUGGAGACAAUUCUUGUCUUGACAAAGUUGCACCCGGCCUGUUAUCUAGAGGCCAUCCUCUUAGGGCCUCAUGUGGCCACCAAGCAGGGCCUAAACCUCUGAAGCAUCCCAAGGAACUGCUGGGGAACCGAUUCUCUUGGCUUGGACUGGGCUAAGACAGCUCUAUUUGUCCUGCUUUCCUGCUCCUUUCAUGAGAAAUGCAGGAGGAUGCUGGAGUCCAUUGCUCUGUGCUGUCUUUGGCAAGGAGGGAACCAGCUGGCAGCACAGCUUCUCUCCUCUCCCCCCGAACUCCUGUUGGCAUCUUCUUCACCCUUCAUCUUCUUCCCAACAGCCCUGGCUGCUCUCUGUUCUGGAUAGGGGAGGUGCUUCAAAGGACUCAAACACAGCUGGCCUGACAAGGUAUUUUUUUAUUGUAACAAACUCAGAGUAAAAAAACAAGCUUUGACAUUUUCAAAAAAUGUGAAAAGGUAAAAAAUAAAUACGUUUACAAACCA